AUUCUCACACUUCACGUCCUGUGCCACAGAGCUGAGCUCUCAGAAAUAAUCCACAUCCUUUGGUGCAAUGGAGGAAAUUUAUGUCAAUGAAGAUGAUUUCAAACCUGCCAAUAGGUCUCCUAUACAAAACCCCACAGGUCCAAGGAGCUACAAGAGAAGAUUUUAUGUAAUUGUUAUUCUCUCCUUGGGCCUGCUGGCUGGAAUUAUCACUCUUGCUUUGUACUAUAAAACCUGUCCUACAGGAUGGAGCAUGUUCAGUCAUAGCUGUUAUUUCCUCUCUGCAAGAUCUGGUUCCUGGCAUUCAGCUAGAAAAAACUGCAUAGACCAAGGAGCAGAUUUGGUGGUGAUAGACAGCCCUGAAGAACAGAACUUCAUCGCUUCAUUCACCCAGAAAGAGACUUGGAUUGGUUUAAAUGACAUAGAACAAGAGGGCACGUGGAAAUGGGUAGAUGGAACGCCUCUGACUCUGCAAUACUGGGCAUCUGGCCAGCCUGACAACCACUACCGUAGAGAGGACUGUGCUCAUAUCAGAUAUAAAGGAACUUCCUGGAAUGAUGAAGGAUGUGACGGUUCUUACCAGUGGGUCUGUGAAAAAGUACUGUAAUGGCUGAAUUUGUUUGAAAAUUCAGCCGUUACAGUACUUAUGUAAUUUUACAUAUUUUACAUUUUACAUAUUUUUCAAAUUAUUUCUUGUUAUUUCAUUAGCAUUUUUAUAUAUCCUUUUCUGAAUAAGUAUUAAGCUUUAGUAAAACACAAGCCUUGAAAUAUAACUAUGCCUAUGAUAACAAUAAUAGUGAUCAGUAACUGACCCAUUUCAUUUGGAUAGCACUUCUAAAAACAUACAGUCACAACAUGCUUCACAUUUUGGGUAAAACAUAAAAUACAGUCUUCUAUGCACUUAUACAUACAUACUUCCACAUUAGAUGUGUAGAAAAAAAAUAUUAUUUUUCUUCUUCUUCCUCUUCUUCUUUCUCUUCUUCUUCUUCUUCUUCUUCUUCUUCUUAUUAUUAUUAUUAUCAUUAUUGAUUAGUUUGCCUUCUGGCAGGGAAAAAAAUCACUGUAAUAAGUAAAUUCAGCAAACAUAAACUCAAGUCCUAUUGCAUACUACCUUUUUGGAAAUUAUCUAAAGAACACUAAAGAAGUGUUCUUUAGAUACACACUAAAGAAGACUGUGGCCUGCUUUAGUGUGUGCUCAGUGUUGUUUCAGUCAAUAAUUACCGUCACUGGGGAAAUGGUGUCAACAUUUUUUCAACAAUUUUGUGGUAUUUUUAUUGAUAAUGUUGGUUUAUUGCUUGAAUUUUGUUUAGAUUCUUUCAGCAGUUGUAACAGUGUUUUUGCAUCUCAAAGAUUUGACCUAAGACCUUCAUCUAGAAAGGACUGUUAAAAUUUUUACAUUUCAGUCUGCAACAUUUGGGCAUUAUCAAGUAAUUUGCCAUACAAUAUUAUAGUGUUUUUAGUUUGAAACAUAGCUAAAAUGUUCUCAGGUGUGCGGACAUGAAACAGCACAACAGUAGCUAGUGCUAAUUGAAAUCUGCACUGGUUAAACAUUUGCAUUUUAUACUGCUUAAUGUGUGCUGACUUGUUAUUGUGACUGCUGAAAGCAUUUAAACUAUGUUAUCUUCACUUUAUUGUUACUAUUCUAGUUAAUUGGAACAGAUUAUUUUCUCUUGCUGUGUAUGUGUAUGUGUGUGUGUGUGUGUGUGUGUGUGUGUGUGUGUGUGUGUGUGUGUGUGUGUGUGUGUGUGUAUAUAUAUAUGUAGCCACCAGGAGGCGCAAAGAUAAUGAGAGUUCAUUCACUUCCUACUGUCGAGAUGAAAUAUUAUUUUACAUUCAUAAUCUGUGUUACUAUUCAUGAUCCUUAUUAUUACUGUUGUAUCAUUUAUGAUUUAUCAUUGUUGUCAUUCCAUUGACACAUUUCUUGAAACUGGUGAGGUUAUAUUAAAGUCUGUAUUUCAGGUGUUAGCAUAAGCACAUAAUAAUCUUUCAUUGCAGGUGCAACUGUAAUCAUGUUAUACACAUAUUGCAUAAUUAAAGGGUUGAAGCUCGGUUAAGUUAAUUAAUGGUUUGAAGCUACGGGCAGCGCGAUGUCUGGCCGAUCAAUGGAGCAAAGUUCAGCUAUUGAAAGGUUGCCUACAUGUUUACCGUAUAAUUUACUAUAUAUUGCCUGUGUGCAUUCAGCAGCCUCCUGCAUUGAAGUUUGCCUGGUAACAGAGGACGUAGAGGGGGGUCAGGCGCUAAGGUUAACAACACAGACACAUAGUCUGCCUGAGGGAACUGAUUGCAAAGGCUGUGUACCUGCAUACGUGACAGUUUAGUUCUGAUAAGUUCAGUGUAAGAGUGUAAUAACAGGAUGCAUCUGUUAGGUGGAGGAACAUCGGAAGGAACUGUUCUUUUUUAGAAUAUGUCCUCGCUGUAGUUACUGGAACAUGCAUCUGCAGUGACGCGUAUUGCUUGUAUAAAUAUUACACCCCACCUAUUGUCAGGCGGGAGAUGGAGCCUGAUGUUUUGCAGAGCCUAUCUUCACCACAUAUAUGUGUUUUAAUAAAAUAAUUUGUGUUGACCCACUAUGGACUUUCAGUCGUAUGUCUCUUCCUCAAAAUUCGAACCGCGACACUACACAUAUAUAAAAGCAUGUUUUUGCUUUGAUUUGGGGUUUAUAUAAAUUGUUGUGGAGGGUUGUGCACACUAAACAAGCAGGAUACAGUAGAAAACAAAAAGUGAUGUUUGCAUUCUAUUUUUAUUGCUGAAUAAUGUUUCUAAACAUGAAAGCAUGGGACUGCAAUGUUUUUUCUUUUUAAUUCAAAAAUGAAAAUAAAAAUAUAAAUGCAAAUUGAUUAUUGGUUGGUCCUGUCAGAGAAGAGUGUAUUUUAGAAAUGAUACAAAAGGACGUCAGAAAGAGGGGACCAUGAUAGCAAUAACAAUGUAUAUGUUUAAGAGUUGACAAUUAUUUUAUACAUUUUUGUUUUCAUUUCUUGGGAUUGUGCUAUCAAAGCUUGUGUUACGUAGACAUCUUAACAGUAGUUUUACUUAUCAUGUCUAGGUUGGAUCAUUAAAAUGCAGUAAACUGCCUGCUGUUAACGACCUGUAUUUUUUUUCUCUCCUUCCAUGCUCUCCCAUCUCUGAUGUAUUACUGCACUAAUUUUAAGGCCAACUUUUACAGACAGGUGAGAGAGUGCAGACUAUCAUUAGCAUUACAGGUGAUUCUUUUCUCACAUAUUAGGUAAUUGUUCAAAAUUAAGUUCCAGCACAGUCUCAGAAAUAACCCUCACAUCUGGUUUGGGAUCUACGAGGAAGCUU